CAAGAAUCAAACGCCUCAUUCGUGUUUGCCGCUUCGUGGGCAACGGACGCAUCCUCAGAGCUCAAUUGGAGUGACGGGCUUGAGAUACGGAAACGGAAACGCAAUCGAGAGCGAACGAGUGCCUGUUGAAAGUGUUUUGGCGGCGCGUUCGAACCGGAAGUCUCCUCCACAUGUAAGCUUGUUUAAUCUUGGCCAGAAAAGCGUUGAUUUCUGAAGGAGCCCAGAAUGGGCGCACUAAAGCCAUUGGUGGCCAGUUUGCUGCUCCUGCUCUUUGGAUUUUCCGAGGCUGCGAGAGAAAAUCCCCUUAAGGACCCUAGAAUUUGUGGAAGACCGCAAUGUAUAGCCCCCACCAAUGCCAAGUUCAAGUAUGGAGAGCAACUGUACAGAUAUGAUUAUUCAGUGGCCGUGCGUACAGAGUUCGCCGGAUCCGGCGACAAUAGCUCGGAUCUGUUGCUGAAGGCCAGUCUCGAGAUCUUCUUCCCCAAGCCCUGCGAGGGCUAUCUGCGCAUCAACGAGGCCAAGCUCUACGAUAAGCUGGACGAGUUUGAAGUAUCCUCGGAGGAUGUCACUGAGGCCCCCAGCUACGACUAUUAUGACAACCUGGACAACGAAGAGUCUGGAAACAAGAUUAACUUUGAAAAUAUGCAUCCGAAAAGCAUGAACUUGCACCAAGAUCUCAGCAAGAACCUGUUGCGCUUCGCCUUCCACGACGGCCUCAUUAGUGAGGUGUGUCCUUUGGAGGGGGACGCGCCCUGGGUUCUCAACAUCAAGAAGGGCAUCUUGUCGGCCUUCCAGAACACCAUGAUGCGCUUCGACGUGGACUCCAAUCGCACGGAGACGGAUGUGUCUGGUCAGUGCCAGGUGCAGUACUCCUUGGAGGCCUCUGACAGUGUCUAUGUGAAGAUCCGCAAGACAAAGGAUAUCAACUCCUGCCGUCAGCGCUAUGCCACCCACUCGGUGCUCCAAACCACACCCUACACCUUCCGAGAUGACAAGACCAUUUGGCCGAUUCUAAAUUCCCAGAGUUAUUGUAAUUUAACCAUCGACAACAAUGUUUACCGCGAGAUCAGUUGCCUGGAGACACAUCUGCUGGUUCCAUUCUCCAAUGCGAGCUCCGGCGCCCUAACCACCAGUCGCAGUAAGUUGGAACUCAAGGGCGAGGAGUCCUACAGUAGCAACGAGUUCCUAGAGCAAAAUCCCGAGCUGGUAGAUCGCCGUGCCACAUUGAUCUUCGAUCAUACGCCCGCGGUGAAGCCAACUCAUGGAGAAAUAAAGGCUGCCCGAGACUUGCUAGUAGAGAUGUGUGCCGUCGGCUUCCCAAACAUUAAAAGGGAGUUCAUUGAUGUGUUCACAAACUUCCUCCAGACUGCCAAGAGCCUCGACUACAAGACCCUGUCCACGCUUCUCCAGAGAUCUGCUAGCACCUGUCCCCAAGGAAGGAACCAUGUUCUGGAGUCCCUUCCCUAUAUCGGAAGCACUGCCUCCUACAAGGUGAUGCGGGAUCAGAUAGUGGACGCCAAGGUGACGAAGGAAAUGGCCCACAGCUGGAUGACCUCGCUGUCCUUUAUAACCAGGCCGGAUGAGGAAACCGUGGAAACUUUCUACUCGAUCCUUGACUUUGCUAAAAACAAGAAGGAUCCGGAGUACACUCUGGGAGCCACUGCGGUGGUGCACAGCUUCUGCAAACACCACGAGAACUGCGAAGAGAACCUGCGAGUGCAGCAGGUCAUUAAUCUCCUGGAGACCGAGUUCCUGACUCUGUACAAUCUGUUCAAAGGAGACCGACGCCACCGAGAUCGUAUGGUGGUGUUGCUCAAGGGAUUGGGCAACGUUGGCGUGCUGUCGCCCCAGUUCGUCGAGCACCUGGAGUGGGUCAUCCGUGAUGGUGUGGCGCCGGUGGAUAUCCGCCUUCAGGCGAUUUUGGCCUUCCGCCGCGUGGACUGCCCGCGGUAUAGGAACAUCUUCCUAGAAAACUAUGCCAACUACACCCUAAACUCGGAGCUGCGAAUCUACAGCUACUUGCAGGCCAUGAGGUGUCCGGAUUACAUAUCGAUUAGAGCCAUUAAAUCCGUGCUGGAGCAAGAGCAAAUCAACCAGGUGGGCUCCUUUGUGUGGUCGCAUCUGACCAAUCUGGCCAAGUCCAACUCGCCGGUCCGCAUUGAGGCUCAGGGCCUCCUGCUCAAUGACGAUCUGUCGGAGCGCUUCAAGAUGGACAUCCGCAAGUAUUCCCGCAACUACGAGCACAGCUUGUUCUUCGACGAGUACAAUUUCGGAACUACCACGGAUGCCAACGUCAUUUUCGGCACCGAUUCGUACUUGCCGCGAGUCGCCAGCUUGAAUUUCACGGCUGAUCUCUUCGGCCAGUCUGUGAACUUUUUCGAGUUCACCGCCCGAGCCGAGGGCCUGGAGGAAAUGGUGUCCAACGCCUUUGGGCCAAAGGGACCCCUGAACGGGGAGCUGUUGCGCAAGAAGCUCUCCUUCCUGAAUCGCUGGCUUGGCAGCGAAAGUGCCGAGGAGGAAGACACCCUCGAGAACUUGCUGAGUCUGGAUAACCUGCGCCUGAAGCGAAAGGCCCAGCAGUCGCAGGCCGCUCUUGAACUGGAGGAGGAGAACGAAUACGACUACGAGGAGGAGCAUAGAGACUCCCCACGUCCCAAGCGGGAUGUCAGCUCCAGUCGCAAACAGGAAAUCGAUCGCAGCGUGGACAGCCUGGGCUACAAGCUGAAGUACGACUACAACAACCCGCGCGCCCAGUUUGGUCUGCGGAUCUUUGGAAAUGAUCUGCGCUACUACAACAUGGACUCGUUGGCGGAGGUGAUGGCACUAACAGCCUACUUUGAUCCCCUCAAGCAGGCCCAGAAGGUGCUCUCCGGCAAGGAAUUCACGUACACCAAGUCGCAAGUUUUUCUGGAUGCCUCAUACACUGUGCCAUUGGCUGUGGGUGUUCCACUGGCGAUUCAUGCCUUUGGAGCAUCAUCCGUGGACCUGCGUGUUAGUGGAAAUGUGGACAAGACAGAUCCGCCCACCGACUGGCACUUUGAUGUGCAGGGCAGGUUCAAGCCCUCCGUUUCCGUGGACGUGAUCACCACCAUGCAGACGGACCUGUUCUGGGACCAGUCGGGCAUCAAGGUGAAGAGCAAUCUGUACUCGAACUCCGAAGUGGAGGCCAAGCUGAAGGUCCGCGGAAGGAAUUUGGUGUCGUUCUCCUUCAACCUGCCCCAGGAUCAGAAUGAAAUCUUCAGUGUGCGAUCCGAGUUGCUGGUCCAGAAGAGUGAGGAGCAGGUGCCCCAGGCGGGAAUCGCCAAGCGAAGUGCCAACUCCACCUGCACCUGGCCGGUUCUCGACCGCGCCAUCGGCCUGCAGUGGUGCUCCCACUACAGCGUCCCCGAUCUGAGCAAUGCCACCGAGAUAUAUCCGAGCCUGCUGCUUGCCGGACCAUUGAACUUCAGUGUCAUCCUCAAGAAAUCGGAUCUGAGUGCCAAGAAGUAUGUGUUUGAGUACAAGUGGGACCAGGAAGAGCAGGACAACAAGUUUUCGCUAGUCUUCACGACACCUGGCUCCAAGGUUCCCAGAAUUCUGGUGGCCAACGUGACCAAGGUGCCAGACGCCGUCAAUGCAUCCGUGGCGUUCGUCAACGGACCUACUCGUGUAUCGGCCGGAUGCAGCUAUGAUGGAAACCCGGACUUUAGGCGCCUGGACGUCUAUCUGGACACGAACGGUAACAGAUCGCUGGACCUGGGAAUGGAGCUGCGCAGGCAGCAGGACUUCACCGCCUGGAUCUACAGUCCUCGGAUGCUGUUGGCCAUCAAUGGGGUCAACAUUACCGGACUGGCUGGCACCGUAAAGGUCAACGAGAAGAGUGGCAUCAAGCAACACGACGUGGAUCUGUCCUUUGAGACCAAAAAGCUGCAGGCCAUUAUCAAGGGCAACAUUGUCCAAACCGAGAUUACAACCUCCACCAAUAUGACCGUGAAAUACAGGUUCCAAUCAAACAAGAUCGAGGAGAUCAACUUUGCCGGCAAGCUGGUGAACAACGGCGACCAAUCCAAGACCGAAUACCGUGGAAACAUGAAGCUCCAGACAUCAGCUUAUCCCAAGCUGAACUUCGCCUCGGAGGCCUCGUGGUUGAGCUUGCAGGGACACACUGAGGGAAUGAUCACCUACAACAAUGCUCCGGACUACAUGAAUCCCAACUAUACCAGUCUCCUCCGAAUGGUCUUUGCCCGUUCCCAGUCCGAGGAUCUCAUCUGGGAGGGUGCCCGCACUCGUGCCAGUCUGGAACUGAAACUUCCCAGGUCUAAGAUCGACUACCGCAUCAUGGUCAAGCACGAGGAGCGUAGCAAGAACGGAUCGGAGCACAAUGUAAUCGUGGGUCUGAAGUACGCUCCAGACAAGGAGAUUACCGGUCUGUUCUCCGUCCACUUGCCGCGAAGAACCCUCUUUGCUGUCGAUGCGUACAUGAAUGUCACAGUGCCGGACUUUAAUUCUUGUACAGCCAGCGUUAAGGUCAACGAAAAAGCCACCAAGGAUUACAUUAUCUUUAUCAAUGGCUCUUGGUUUACGGGUCACUCUGUUGCCGUUAAAGCCAACUACAAGGACCGCAGUUCCCGGGUCCAGGCCCUGCACCAUCUCAAGAUGAUUGUGGAGAGCCCCUCGUUUAAUACAACCUCCUUGAACAUCGUCUACCGUCGCAACCAGUUGAUCAUUUUCUACGAUCUACAAGCUAAGUACGGCAAGGACCCCUACGGGCUGACGAUACAAUAUGCCUCCAACGCACACAACCGCAACUCCAACGCAGAGGUAAGAUUAAAGGUUAAGGAACGCGACUACUGGAUCAACGCCAAGCUGUUGGCCGAGCAGCCCAAGCUCCUGCAGUUCGAAGUCCACAUAGACAAAAUUCGGGACGUCCACAUCAAGGUGGGCCUCCUAAACGUGGAUAAGCGCAAGGAGCUUUCUUUGGAACUGAAGUGGGAUGCCAACCGCGAUCCCAGCCAGAGACUGGGACUGCUGGCGGAGUACAAUAACCCGGGAACGAAGCACUACGACGCCAAUGUCAUGGUCACCUACCCGGAGCGCACCAUUAACUUUGGCUUUAACACUUUUACCGGAGGCCCGAAGUACUCUGGCAAGGCUCAUGCCUCUUGGAGCAUCACUGAGAUCAUCGAGUUCGAGUACGAGGCGGGCCUCAUUCCCGGAAAAACGCUCCACAAUUGGGUGAAGGCCGAGCUGCGAACGCCGUUCGAGGGAUGGCGAACCAACAGUCUGGAUGCCGGAAUAUACAACCUGAACAACCUGAUCCUGGUCAACUCGACCCUCUUCUGGGCCAAUGACCAGCGACUGCAGGUGGGCUACAAGAGCGACUACGACAUCAAGGACCAGUUGAUUAGCUUUGACGUGCGCUUCGGCAUCAACAGCACCAUCCGGGACAUUCCCACAAUCAAUGUGAAGGCUGUCCACUGGCAGGACGCCAAGAAGGUGGACACGGAGCUGUACCUGGGGUACAGUGGCCAGAACGAAACAUACAACACGUACAGUGUGGACUCUAGCUGGGAGAUUGAGAAGACCAAGCACUACCAAAACGUCUCCGGUCUGGUGCACCUGGUCAGUCCUUUCAAGGAUUACGAAAAGGGCGGCCUGGUGGCCCGCUUCUCGCUCAGCGAUAAGCAGGCGGUGGUCGGAGCAGCUUCUCUCAACUUCGACGUCCGUGAGUUCACCCUGAUCAUGGACGGCUAUGUGAAGAAGUUCACGGAUAAUAUGCUGACCAUCAAUAUUACGACGCCGCUGGAGAAGUUCCCCACCAUCAAUGCUCGGUUCGGACUCAACGAAAAGAAACGCCAUGCGGUGGCCGAGAUCAGAGCCCCAACAGCCGCUCUGGGAGUGGAGGUCCUGGCCGACAUCCGGAGCCUUCUGGACUUUGAUGUCAAGCUCAGUGUGGCCACUCCCAUUGAGGCCUUCCAGCAGGCGGCGCUGUUCGGUCUGGUCAAUCCGGAGCACGUGGAUCUGCGUGGAUUGUGGAACAACGCCACCCUGGGAUUCACUGGCGUGUGGCACAUGCAGAACAUCACGGACUUCGAGUACUCCUACCAUGUCUUCACCCCCCUGGCUGGCUUCGAGGAGAACGGCUUCAUUGCCCAGUUGCUGAAGCGCGAGGAGUUUGUCUUCCGGCUGCACGGCAAGCUGUCCAACUACCAGCUGGGAGUAAAGAUCAAUGGCAAGCCCAAGUCGGACCUUGUGAACCAACUCGGCAGCAACAAAAUGGCGCUGGAGGUGCUCUACGAUCCCGACUUCAAGCCCAUAAAUGUGGACACGAGCUACAAACCAGAUCCGGAUGAGGAGUACUUCUCGUACUACACCGACUUCCAGGUGGACACCCUGGCCUGGCCCACCAUUGUGGGCAAGGUGGACAUCCAGGAGAUUAUUGACUUCUAUCUGGUGGUGGGCCACAUCAACUUGCCCCAGGGUAAGGUGGAGUUCAAGGAUCGGCUUCACUUCCCGGACUACAUAAACGUCCACAAUCUGCUGACUGUCUCCACGCCGUUCCCAGUUGCUAAGGACUUCAAGGCCAUUGUGGAGUACCACGUCGACUUGAACUUUAACUCCUUCUACAACAGGCUUAAGUUUGCACUGAACAAUGAUCAGAAUCAGCUCAAGGAGCUGGGCUUCGGCCUCAACUACACAAAGCUGCAGGAUAAUGUAAAGCCCAAGGCGCACGAUGUCCAGCUGAAACUGAUCACGCCGUACGAGCUUCUCCACGAGAUUGACAUUCACGGCCGCCUGGAACUGGAUGACAAUGCCUACAAGGGAAACAUCACUUCGAUCACGGCUCACACCCAUCUGUCGAUGUCCGCCUCUGUGGAGCACGAGGACAACUUCCUGGAGACCUCUGUGGGAAUUCUACUAGAGACCGACGUGAUUCCGCACUAUGCCUGCCAAGUCUACUUCAAGAAGGACUUUGCCGCCUUGGACAAGGCCAUCGAUAUCCGCUUUGAAGUGACUGACAAUGGCACUGUGAACCAGCUCCACAUCCUGACAGACUGGCACACGGAUCCGGCAUACAUCAUAAAUGCCAAUGGCAAGAUUCGCACUACGAUGCUGCCUCUUCAGCAGGCCGCCACGUCUGUGCUGGUCACUGGAGGCCAGACUCCGCAGCUCAGCUUCGAUGUGAACUUCCACAGCCAGGAUGGCAAGGUCAUUGCCUACGGAACCAGGGCCAACAAAAAGAAGGACGUGUUCAACGUCGAGGUGUGGACUCCCAUUAAGAACUUCCGCAACAUCUCCAUGCACGGAACCAUGACCAGAAACACACGCGAUGCUGAGCGCUACGACAUCUCCGGAUUCCUGUACCGGAAUAUGGCUACUUACGGCAUCACGGGAGCCGUGCGGAUGUCCGACAAAUUGCCCAUCGAUGCCACCUUGAGGGUUCAACCCAAGGCCGGCGGAAGGGAUGGCGUAAUCGAGUUGAAUGUUCACGAGGCGGGACCGAAGAAGAUCCGGUUCUCGUUCAGCGCUAUCGAGGACGGCAAGAUGUGCCAGAUUUCCGGUGGAUACAGCAUCAGCGAGAGCAAUAACGCCAUGGACUUCUCGGUCCUCGUGGAAAGCACGGAGCCGGACAUCUCACGAAUCAAUUUCUACGGCAGCUUGAAGCCCGGCCAACAGAAGUCACUGAUUGGUGACCUCAACUUGGAGACUCCGUGGAAGGACCUGGGCAUCGAUUCGGUGCAUCUCCACUCGGACGUGGGCAUCGGAAGCAGUGGCGGAAAGAUGUUGGGCGAGUACAAGAUUGGCAAGUACGUGGGACGCGGCAGCUGCCUGUGGUCUUGGAUCCUGGCGGAGAACCUGCAGCUGGUGCUGGAGAGUUACCUGGAGAGGCCUCAGGCGCAGCCCAGAAUCGUGCACGCCAGUGCCAAGUACCUGAAUCCGGGCCAGAAAUACGAUCAGCUUCAGACUGGAGGUCGUCUGAGCGUCGAUUCCAAGUGGAAUCUUGAUGUGAACGGCAGUCUCCACUUCUUGUCCAAGGAUGACUUUUACUUCGAUGUUGUCGUGGAGCUGCCACUACCCGUGGGGGAUCGCCAUCAGCUGAAGGGAAGCUACCAGGGCAAUGUGAUCACCAAACAGUUCAUAGCUCCCAACUUCACAAUCGAAGCCAGCUAUCUGGCCGCCAAGGCCCAGAACAAGCUCCUCUCCCACCUGUCUUACCGCAACGUGACCAACGAUCUGGAGGGAUUGGCUCACUUGGAGUGGGGAAAAACCCAGAAUCUGUCCAUAGUGCUGGGAAACUUUGCCCUGCGGAAGAAGGCUGAAGCGCGAAGGGAAUUCUCGGCCAGGAUGAUCACGCCCAAGUUCAAGGGAGAAAACACCUUUGUCCUGACCGGUCACUACGACAAGGAAAACGCGGAUUACCUGAACCUUGUCUGUGCUCUGGACUACCCAGAGAGUCGUCGCAUCACCGAUCUGGAUGUUUCCUUCAACUCCCUGAACAACAUGAAAGGAAACUUUAACAGCUCCACACCGUUCCUGAAUGUUAGCUGGUUCAAGACGGAGUUCGAACUCACCACCAAAAAUGGCAAAAGCUACCGCUACUGCCGUGGCUUCUGGCCCCAUGACACCGCCUACUUCAAGCUGAAGAGCACCUACGACAGCGACGGUACCGACACGAACCACAACCUCAACGGAAACGUGGAGGUGGAUGUGCCCUUGUCCACCCGCCACCGGGCGGAUAUCGCCUACGGUCUGCGAAAGCGAAACGAGCAGGACACUGGCAACGUCAAGGUGGUCUACAAUGAGCAGCAGGUCCUGGACGGUAAGUACAAGCGCGUCGAGCAGUUCAAGGACCCCAUCUACAAGGAGACCACGGACAUCACCCUGGAGAACGAUCAGAAGCCACUUGGUAUACACUACGUGAGCACCAGGGACUCGAGCGACCCCUCCGGCACGAAGGACGUGAAACACAUCGAGGUCUACGAGCUAAGGAAUACCCAGAACUUCAAUCUGACGGGUGAACUGCAUACCCGGUCCACGAUCAAGGCGCAGGACUUCAAGGUGGUUGCCAUCCACCCUAACCGGGCUGUGGUGCUGACCACCAAGUACGAGGACGUGAGUCCCCAAGUGGUUAGGCAGCAUACCAAGCUGGAGCUGUCGGAGACUGCCUGGAUUGGUUACAACCUGGAGCUUGGUAACUUCACCAAGGUUGGCAACGAGUCGCAGAGCUUUGCUUUGGAGAUCUUCUACCCGAAACGGAAUCUGUCCUCCUCGGGCCAGUACUACCUGACCGACGACCACUUCAACUCGGAUCUCUCCUUCCAAUGGAAUGGUGGUGACUCCGAGCUGCAGCCCAAGACGGUCCACAGCAAUCUGCAGUGGACGACGGAGCCCCUGCGCCAGGGAGACAAGGAGCACCGCACCUUUGCCCUGACAGUGGCACAUCCCAUGUUGGAGAAGGACAUCAACUGCAAGGCAACGUACUAUCGCGGCUUGCAGGAUCUGCUGCGGUCAUACCUGUCCAUCAACUACUCCGAAGAUCCCGACCAGCUCAUCGAACUGGGCGUGAAGCUAAGAGACCGAUACACCGAAUUCGGCCACACCAACUACACCUUCGAGGUGUUUGGCAAGCACCAGGCCUCCGAGCUGGACGUGCAGCUGAACGGCACUCUGGCGGCCAGGAACUCGUUCUACAAGACGGAGUCAACGGCCCACUACAAGCGCGAAAUGUUUCCGGAUCGCUACGGCAAGUUCCUGGCCAAGCUGGACCUCAACAAGAGGGAGCUGGAGUACGAGCGCCAGUCACCAUUCCACGCAGUUCGUCUGCACCUGCUGCCCACGAUCAGGCAUCCCGUUUACGGACUAAAUGCCACCCUUUGGGACACCCCGAACACGAACCACACGGGCUACGUCUAUGUGGAUCUGGCGGAGCGCUUCGCCCGAAUGGACUUCAACCUUACCGAGGACGCCAGCCAAAACCUGCAGAUGGUGGGCUACAUUCCGGACACUCGCAGCGGCUACCUGGACGUGUGGCGCAACUACGAUGAAAUCCGUUUGGUCGACAUUAGCUCCUAUGUGAAGAUGAACCAUUCCAGGCUCAUUACGGGCCGCUUCCACUGGCGUCCGUCCAUCAAGCAGGAGCUCCGCGACAAGGUCACUUCCGUGGGCAACUCCGUGUACAGCUCCUUCUCGGAGGGCAUCGACUUCUGGGUCAAGUCGAUCUACACCGAGACCACGGAGUCCAUGGGCGUGGUGUGGAACAACGUCAAGAAGUACAACAGCGAGUUCAUCGACGACAUUGGCCAGCUGAGCGUCUUGGAGGAGGACCUUAACGACCUGAGACUGUUUGUGAAUCAGUCGUACGAGGCCAAUGACUUCUACAUCAAAAACGUGGUGAACUUCACGCUGACCAUCCUGGACGAGCUGGCCAUCAGGGACCACAUCGAGUCGCUGCCCAAGAUCUUCUCGGAGCUGUGGCAAGCCAUGGGCGACUCCGGCAAAGCCCUGCGCGAGAGCAUCGUCUGGCUGAUCGACACCAUCAAGUCCACCUACAACAAUCUUCUGGAGGCGGUGAGCCGAUUCUUCCACGGCGAGAGUCUGGCCUACAUAUCCGCUCUGCUGGAGAAGGGCAUCACGAAGUACGACAGUUUCGUCAAGGAGCUGCACAUCAAGUUCAUCAAGUACAUUGAGAAUCUGUGGCACAAGACCUGGAGGGUGCUGGAGAACCAGUGGAAGAGCGUGCUGAAGAAGUUCGAGCCGCACCUCUUCAAGAUGAUCAGUUUCGUUGAGACCAACGCCUGGAAUCUCAGCAAGGAGGUCUUCGACUUCAUCUACAAGCGCACCAACGAGCUGGCCGAGUCCCCGUACUUCAACAAGGUGUCCAGCUUCACGGCGGACGCAGAGCGCCUGUACCGGGACGUCAAGUCCAACGAUGCCAUCACCAACAUUAAGAAAUACUCGACGCUGGCCUGGAACUUUGUGAAAGAGAAGUACUUUAAGCUGGUGCCCUUCGGCGCCGAGCUGAACGAGGUGCUCACCGAAAUCUGGCAGGAAAUCAAGCAGCUCGAGAAGAUUGAGCAGGUGCAGAUCAUGGUGCAAAAGUACAACGAAGUACUGGCGAAGAUCGAGUGGGUGUCCGAGGAGCUGCAGCUGGAGCACCGCCUGCACCAGGUCUAUCACCUCCUGAGCAACAAGUUCCGCAACUACGCCAUGAACGCUCUGGAAACAGCCGACAUGUACCGCGAGGCCAAGACCAAGUUCAUCUUCGAUCCGGAAGUGGGCAUCAUCGAUCUGGAGCAGAAGCUGCCCAUGUCCUGGCAUGCCUUUAACGAGACACCCAAAUUCGAGGAGAUACCCGAGUACCAGGUGCUGGCCAAGGCGCAGAGCUUCUUCAGCGAGACCAACUCCUCCAUUGUCAUGAAGCUGUACAACAUGAGAGCCCACUUGGAUCCCAAGACGUGGCUGCCACCUUACUACUCUCGUGCCCUCCUGAUCGACUCCCGCCACUACAUGACCUUCGAUCAGCGCUAUGUGGGCCUGAACCUUAACUUUGAGGAGUUCGGCAGUGGACGGUCCAGUCCCCACUGCAGCUAUCUUUUGGCUCACGAUUUCUUUAAGCGCAACUUCACCUUGAUCUUGGAGCCAGCGACCAAAUCCCUGGCUGGCCAAGGACUCACCCGCAAGUUGAGCUUCAUAGCCAACGGACAGCUCAUUGAAAUCGAUUUGGAAACAGAUCACAUAACCUUCAAUGGCAAUCCUCAACCCAUCCUGCCGCUGAAGCUGGGUCCCGUGGAGAUCCACCGUGACCUGGACGUCCUCUCCAUCACCUCGGACACCCAGUUCAGUCUGCACUGCAACGUUCAGUUCGAUCUCUGCUGGUUCGAGGUCAGCGGCUGGUACUUUGCUAGAACCGCCGGUCUCCUGGGAACCCUGAACAACGAGCCCUCCGACGAGUACACCAUGUCCAACAGCUUGAUUGCCAACGACACCCAGGAGUUCACGGACUCGUGGAGCCUCAAGAAGUGCCGCCAAACGGAGUUGGCCAAGAAGCAGGAGAUCAGCAAGGAUGUUAGCGACACCUGCACCAGCUUCUUCCGCACUGGCAUUCUGGCCAGCUGCAGUGCUGUCUUGGAUCCCACGCCCUUCUACGAGAUGUGUCUGGAUCUGGGCAUGAAGUCGCCACCCAUUCGCCAAGGACAUCCGGCUGUCAAGGGCGCCUGUGCCGCUGCCUUGGCUUACAUCGAGGCGUGUACGGCGUUGAAGGUGCCCAUGAGGGUGCCAUCGCAGUGUGUGUUCUGCCAACUGGCCAAUUCCUCAUAUGUGUCCGAGGGCACUUUCAUCGAGCUGACUGGCGACGCUGUGCCCAAGAGCAGCGAUGUGGUCUUCAUUGUGGAAGCCAAGGACUGCAACGCCAAUCUCAGCUCAUCGAAGAGCAUCAUGACAGUGGUUAGCAGCAUCGAAGAGCAACUGCAAGCCGCCAAGUUGACAAACAACAGGUACGCUGUCCUGGCCUUUGGUGGAGUGGCUCCCUACGACAAGCCGAGGAGCAUUAUUUACCAACACAACGAGUUCACCUCGAAGCCGGAACAGUUGGCGGAUUACUUUGCGCACAUCAACACCGGAAAUGGCAGCAGCAGCGAUAUCCUGAUGGCUAUUUCCGCGGCUGCCAAACUAAACUUCCGUCCCGGGGUAUCCAAGACCUUUGUCCUUCUCUCCUGCAGCAAGUGCGCGGCCAAGGACAUGCGCUUCGACUACACGUCCAUUCUGCAAUACAUGCUGGAGGAGGGUAUCCGGCUGCACAUCCUCGCCGACACUGUGUUCGACUUUGAGCGGGAGCACAAGCUGCGUCACUUCUUCGGCCUGGAUCGCAACAUGAUCUACUCGAAGCGGUUCCCCGAAGGCGAUGUGACAACGCGCCUCCAGACGCACAUCCCCAAGAGCAAUCUGGGCAUCUGCACUCCGCUGGCCGUGGAGACGGAGGGAUCUGUGUUCAGUGCCCGUAAGCUGCAGCCGGACCGCAAGAAUCCCAUCAAGCGAUUCGCCACCAUCUUCGCCAAGCGCGUUGCCCAGACUGCCACGCCCAUCGCCAGUCAGACGUGCGAGUGCUCCGCCCACAAUACGGGUGUCUCCUACAUGGCCUGCUCGCCGCAGGCUUUGCCGGAGGAGAAGGGCGAUGGAAUCGAUGAUUAUGACACCUUCAACGACUGGGACUGGGAUGAAGAGCCGUAAGACCCAGAGAGAGGAUGGAUUGGCGUUUAGCUCUUAAAACUCCAAACUUAGUUAGCUAGUUCAGUUAUGUCCCUGCAGAAUAUAAGGUUUUUCUAAUCCAUAAUCAGAUAUGUUUUUGUAAAAAUAAAUGACCAUGUAAAGCCAAA